UCAAAGCGCUUCGCGCAGCACUCAGUGAGACAGAGAGAACAAUUUCUCUCUCUCUAAAACCUCUGUUUUCGUUUUUCUCCCACGCCGCCAAUGGCUUCAUUUUAUAUCUGAGUAGAACAAUGAGUGCAAUUCCAUUUUUUUAUAGUCCCAGUUUAUAUGACAUUGCUUUCCUAAGAUUUAUGAAUCGCGCCAUUCAGUUAAUCAAACAAGAUGUUGAUACCGUUUUCUGCUCCCAACACAACAAUGUCACACGUGCAAGGAUUUGUUGUGAAGAGGAUACGGCGUUAUCAGCUAUUGGGAAAAAGUGCAAUGUAAGUUGUGCUCGAGAUUGUUCUUCAAACGACAAGAGUUUUGGUGAUGAGAAGGGUCCGCAUGCUGUUUUCAAUGCGUUGGAUACUAUGCUAAAGGACAGUUUAGAGCGUCUCAAGACGAUGAGGGAAAACAUAUCUUUAGUAAAGAUUGAUCUUCAAGGAUAUGCGUGUGAAUAUAACUACACUGAACUUGCAGCCACUAUUAGAUGUUUGUGCUUGGAAGGUAAGUUGGGAUCAGCUCUAUGGCUUCGGAGAAAAAUGAUGCAGAAAGGUAUUUUUCCUGAAGUGUUUACUUACAACCAUAUUGUAAAUGGGCUGUGCAAAAUUGGUCUUCUGGAGAAGGCAGAUUGGCUUGUUAGAGAGAUGUUAGAAUUUGGUCCUCAUCCCAACUGUGCCACUUACAAUACUUUAAUUAAGGGCUAUUGUGCUGUUAAUAAUGUAAAUAAAGCUUUGUAUCUGUUCUCCACCAUGGCCAAUACUGGUAUUCAGCCAAACAGGGUUACUUGUAACAUACUGGUACAUGCAUUGUGUCAGAAAGGUCUUCUAAAGGAAGCUAAAGAGUUGCUUGAAGAGAUAUUAAAUGAUGAAGAUGACAAAGAUAUACCUGAGUUAGUUACCUCCACCAUUUUUAUGGAUAAUUACUUUAAGAACGGAGCAAUAUAUCAGGCUCUCAGCCUUUGGAAUGAGAUGCUUCAAAAGUGUACAAAAGUAGAUGUUGUUGCUUAUAAUGUUCUUAUCAAUGGAUUUUGCAAGAGUCAACAAAUGAAUCUUGCAUAUGGAUAUGCAUGUGAGAUGCUUAAGAAAGGUUUACUUCCUGAUUCUUUUACUUAUAAUAUUCUUAUUGGUUCUCUUUGCAAAGAAGGCAAAACCAGUGAAGCUUGCUAUAUUCUUGGAGUUAUGUCUAAAAUGGGAAUUAUGCCUGAUCAAAUUUCAUAUAAGAUUAUAAUUCAAGGCCUUUGUUUUGAUGGAGAUAUUGAUAGAGCAGAAGACUUGCUGCGGUGUAUGUUGAACAAUUUAAUGGUGCCCAAGCCUUUAAUAUGGAACCUGAUCAUUGACUUUUACGGAAGGUGCGGUGAUCUUAGUAAUGCAUUUUUUACCCGAGAUCAGAUGCUGGCUUUCGGUGUUCGCCCCAAUGUAUUUACUUAUAAUGCUUUAAUUCUUGCGCAAGGGAAGAGUGGAAAUAUCUAUGAUGCUUGCUCUCUGAAGGAAGAGAUGCUUUUAAAAGGUGUCUGUCCUGAUGGGGUUACUUAUAAUUUGUUGAUAGGUGCUGCUUGUAAUUUAGGAUCUAUUGAUUUUGCGCUUCGAUUACAUGAUGAGAUGCUGCAAAGGGGGUAUGAACCAGAUUUAAUAACUUAUACUGAAUUUCUUAGAGGGUUCUGUAUUAGAGGUUACAUGAAAGAAGCAGAAGAGCUUUAUGCUAAAAUACUGAAAUCUGGUUUAUUGACUGAUCAUGUUCCAGUUCAGAUUCUUUUUAAUAUGUACUGCAAACGGGAGGAACCAGUCAUCGCAUUUAACUUUUAUCAAGACUGGUUGGCAAGUAAACGUGAUAGUCAUCCUUCCUAAAUCCGACAUCAUGCUUAUGGCUUUAGACAUCAUAGAGUUGCAUGUUCUUGAAAAGAAAGCCUUGCUUGAAAGGCACUCCUUAUUUUUCUGAUAUUCUGACUUUCAUUAAAAUGCUGGUGGUUCUCAGGUUGUGGCUCGUAUGAGUAACACUCCAGUGACAUGUUGGGUCUUUUUAUGGGUUGCAGAAUGCUUCCCAACUCCAGAAGAUGUUAUCAGCUGAUAAAAGUAGAAGUGUCAAACCAGUUCUGCUCAUUAUGCUCAGAAUUUGUUUUAUUGGAAGGACAGAGGGAAAAUACAACUUGAGGGAUGAUUAGAUGUCAUCCCAAACAGAAACGGCCAGAUACAACAAGAAUCAUGAGAAGAUCAAAUGCAGUCAGGCUGUCAGUCUCUGCAUAUCAGAGAGGAACAGUUGGAAGAAGUGCUGCGUCUCUAUGUGGAGGUUAUCAUAAGAAAUGUCAGUAAAUUAUCAUGUACUAUUGCAAGGCUACCUGCACAAAUUGGGCCGAGUGUGCCUAACAAAAAAUCUGGGGAAUUGUGGGCACUGCCCUUUGGUUCAUGACGUUGAAUGGCUCAAAUGAAAAGUUAGGUGGUCGUGCUAAAAAUUUUAUUGAUGGCACGUGUUUGUAAAGUUUGGUGAUGCGUCUGGUUUAGCCUGCAUAUUUGCUAGUGAUUUUUCUAACUUAAUCAAUAUAUAGGAUGCGAGUAUUUAAAUGCAGCUUUAUUUUUAUUUUGUAUGAGAAUUUACAAGAAUUUAUUUGCAGCCUGAAGGUAUAAGUUACCAAGGAAAUCAUGGCAGGUCUAAUAUUUUCAGGUGGCUGACCACAAUACUUCAUCUUCCUUGUAAUUGGGAGAAUGAUUAUAUAUUGCUGAAAAUGCUGUGAAGUAUUGACGCUUGAGCAAGACGGCAAGUCAGAGCUCCGUGACUUCAAUGGAGAAGGAAACUGAAGGCACUAAUCCACAUAGAGAAGGUAGCACUAUGAACGCAAGUCUGAUUGAUCUGUUAGAUCCAGGAAGUCCCUAUUAUCUUCAUCCAAGUGAAAAUCCAUCACUUGUUCUUGUGUCAAAUCUGAUGAACGGAAAGAAUUACCAUGGUUGGGCCAGGGCAAUGACAAUGGCUCUAAUUUCAAAGAAUAAAGUAUCGUUUGUAAAUGGUACAAUUUUGGCUCCGGAUACAACAGAUCCGCGUUUUGCUAUUUGGGAGAGGUGUAAUACAAUGGUCCUCUCGUGGCUGCAUCGUUCUAUUACCAAUUCAAUAUCUCAAUCCAUUUUAUGGAUGGAUAAGGCUUAUGAUGUCUGGAAAGACCUUAGGGAGAGGUUCUCCCAAUCUGAUAUUUUUAGGAUAUCAGACCUACAGGAUGACAUUUAUCGUUUACAUCAAGCAGAUAGCUCCACAUCCGAUUAUUUUACUCGACUCAAAAUUCUCUGGGAUGAAUUGGAAGCAUUGCAACCGACUCCUACUUGCAAGUGUAUUCAUCCAUGUUGCACAAUUGCAAAGGAUGUUAAGAACAUCAAGGAAAGAGAUUACUCAAUCCGAUUCCUAAAGGGACUCAGUGAUCAGUUUUCUCAUGUGAGGUCCCAAAUCAUGUUAAUGGAUCCACUUCCCUCUGUCAACUGAGUAUUUUCCCUUGUCGCACAACAAGAAAGCCAGUUGCAGAUUGAAGGUAAUAUUUCAAGUC